AUGGAAGGCUAUGUACUUUAUUUCGAAAAGAAGCUCUCAACACCAGACGUUUCGCGUAACAUGAAGAUACCAAAGUCGGCACUUGACUUAGCUCCGGGAAAUGAGAUCAUGAAUGGUUUGGACCUUCGACAAUUAAUGGAAGGCUAUGUACUUUGUUUCGAAAAGAAGCUCUCAGCAUCAGACGUUUCACGUAACCUGGAGAUACCAAAGUCGGCACUUGACUUACCUUCUGGAAAUGAGAUCAUGUAUGUACUGGACCCAAAUGGAGAGACCACCUGGGAGUUCAUAUGUUCGACAAGGAACAGCAGUCGACGCGCGAUGACAUAUCAGUGGAUGAAUUUUGCGGAGAAGAAGAAACUUAUGCCCGAUGACGUACUCCGAUUCUAUCGGUCGACUAAUGGAGAUGGGUAUUUGAUGGAGCUCGAACGCCAUAGCAUCCGACUAUUCGGGGUGACCAUAUACAUCAACUGA